AUGGCUCAAGGCCAGAGAGCCGUCAUCGUGGUGGACACUGACAGCGAUCCCGAAGAAACGCCCAGCUUCUCGAAGGCAGCUGUAUCACUAGGGACCUAUAGUUCUGAUCUUGAGAUUUCUACAAGUUCUGUGGAAGAAAUAAGCAUCUUUAAGUUAAGCAAAGAUAUCUGUUUAUGCUGUGGAAGGCUUGAGAUUCACACUCAACAUCCCUUGUUUCAUGGAGGAAUGUGCGCUCCUUGCUCAGAAAGGUUUUUGGAGAGAUUCUUCCUAUGUGAUGAUGAUGGGUACCAAGCUGACUGUACCAUCUGCUGCUGUGGCAAAUCUCUAAUAAUGUGUGAUGAUGCAGCAUGUCACAGAUGCUUUUGUGAAGAAUGUGUGGAUACCCUUGUUUAUCCUGGGUGUGCAGAAGAAAUAAAAGAAACAAGUCCCUGGAUAUGCUUCAUGUGUGCACCCCAGGGUGUAAAUGGAUUGCUAAAGAGGAGAACAAAAUGGCGUGCAGACCUGAAACACUUCUACGAUCAAGAAUCUAACAGCCCUAAUAUUUGGAUAUAUCAGCCAUUGUCUCCAUGGGAGAGAAAAUCAAUCCAUGUGCUUUCACUUUUUGACAAUAUUACAGAAGAACUGAAAAGCUUGGGGUUUCUGGGGGAAAGGAGAGGCAAUGGAUAUCUAAAGUACGUGGAUGAUGUCACAGAUGUGAUAAGAAUUCAUAUAGAAGAAUGGGGCCCAUUUGAUUUUAUUUUUGGCUCAACUCCUCCAGUGGGAAAAUUUUACAAACAUCCAUCUGCCUGGUAUUUUUACCAAUUUUUUCGUAUACUUCAGUAUGGAAGUCCUGAAGAAAAAAGUAAAAAGCCAUUUUUCUGGCUAUUUGUAGACAAUAUUGUCUUGGAUAAAGCAGAGAGAGAUGCUGCUUCUCGCUUUUUUCAGAACUUCAACCUUCAGCAUCAAGUGCGCACAAGUCAGCAGAAACUGGAACGACACGCAAGCCGAAUUCUUCUGCCUCGGCUGAAGUCAAGAGAGAGUCGCCCUGACUUUUUCCACCGUGAAUUGGGAAGUCCUCCCUUCCGCGAUUCAGCGGCCUCUUCCCUUUCCGCCACAGGAAAAAGAAAGCUGCCGUCUCCGCGACUAGUCGGUCCUCCCCAAUCUGCCGAGGUCGAAGAGAAAGCGCCGGGAAUGCGAGCUAGCUGCUGCCGAGGCCCGGGCGGCAGUUCGGCGUCUGUGCUCCGCCGGUGCUGGGAGGGCCGGGUGCGAGUCGCUGGCUAG